UCAGGGGCAGUCAGUGACAGUCAGGGGCAGACAGUGGUCCUGAGCCCUUCACUGCACCAUGAGCAUCUCUCUGCUGAGCCUCAGCAGCAUCUCAGGUGGCCUGUCCAGGCUCCUCCAAGGGGCCUUUCUGCUGGGCCUGCUGCUGCUGCUGCUCAAGGCAGCCCAGUUCUACCUGCACAGGCAGUGGCUGCUCAGAGCCCUCCAGCAGUUCCCAUCCCCUCCUUCUCACUGGCUCUACGGGCACAACCAUGAGUUUCAUAAGGACCAGGAGCUACAACAGAUUCUGAAAUGGGUAGAAAAGUUCCCGAGUGCCUGUCCUCGUUGGCUAUGGGGGAGCAAGGUCCUUCUACAAAUUUAUGACCCAGACUACAUGAGGAUGAUUCUGGGAGGAUCAGAUCCAAAGGCUCAUGGUACCUAUAGAUUCAUGACCCCAUGGAUUGGGCGUGGUUUGCUCCUGUUGGAAGGACAGACAUGGUUCCAACGCCGCAGGAUGCUGACCCCAGCCUUCCACUAUGACAUCCUCAAGCCCUAUGUGAGGCUCAUGGCAGACUCCGUCAAAGUGAUGCUGGACAAAUGGGAGAACCUCACUGACCAGGACACUCCUCUGGAGAUCUUAGGACACAUGUCCAUGAUGACCUUGGACACCAUGAUGAAGUGCGCCUUCAGUUACCAGGACAGAGGCCUGGACAGGAAUACCCAGUCCUACCUCCAGGCCAUCGGAGACAUGGGAAACCAAUUAUUUUCUCGUAUGAGGAAUGCCUUUCACCAGAAUGACAUCAUCUACAGACUGACCCCUACUGGCCGCCGUGUCCUGCACAACUGCCAGCUUGCCCAUGAGCACACAGACAGAGUGAUCCAGCUGAGAAGGACUCACCUGCAGGAGGCUGGAGAGCUGGAGAAGGUCAGGGGAAGGAAGCACUUGGACUUCCUGGACAUCCUCCUUCUAGCCCAAGCAGAGCGUGUGAGCAGUUUGUCUGACCAGGACCUCCGUGCUGAAGUGGACACAUUCAUGUUUGAGGGCCAUGACACCACAGCUAGUGGCAUAUCCUGGAUCCUUUAUGCUAUGGCCACUCACCCAGAUCAUCAGCAGAGGUGCCGGGAGGAGAUCCAGAGUCUCCUGGGGGAUGGCGCCUCUAUCUCCUGGGACCACCUGGACCAGAUGCCCUACACCACCAUGUGCAUCAAGGAGGCCUUACGACUCUACCCUCCAGUACCUGGUGUUGGCAGAGAACUCAGCAAACCCAUCAUCUUCCCUGAUGGGCGCUCCUUACCCAAAGGUAUCAUGGUCUCACUGUCCUUUUACGCCCUUCACCACAACCCGGAGGUGUGGCCAAACCCAGAGGUGUUCGACCCUUCCCGCUUUGCACCAGGUUCUACUCGACACAGUCACGCUUUCCUGCCCUUCUCAGCAGGGUCCAGGAACUGCAUUGGGAAACAAUUCGCCAUGAACGAGAUAAAGGUGGCCGUGGCCCUGACCCUGCUCCGCUUUGAGCUGCUGCCGGAUCCCUCCAGGGUCCCCAACCCAAUAGCACGUAUCGUGUUGAAGUCCAGCAAUGGGAUCCACCUGCGUCUCAGGAAGCUCCGCUCACCCUGAUAGGGACAACUGCAGGCUCUGAGGACUUCCGUUUGCCAUGCCGUCUUCCUGUCUCCUGCUCUGGCCCCCUGCCCACAUUUUGCUUGUAUCUGCCCACCUGACCAUCUUCCCACCUGCCUGCUCCUGUGUCUUGUCUGUCUGUCUGUCCUGCAUUCUCUCAUCUUUCUCCAGGGUCCUUACCUGCUUGUUCCUUGACUUCUUUCACCUGCGUCACUGCCAGUCCACCUCCCUCUUUAUCACUGUCCACCUUGUCUGCCUGUCUGACCCUUCCCUUUGCUUUUUUGACUGCUUGUAGUUCUUGUCUGAGUUCCCCUUUGGUGCUGCAAUAAACUGACACAUCCUUAGUGAACUAAAACAACACACAUUUGCAAUAUUAUUGUUCUGGAGGUCAGAAGUGUAAAAUGAGUUUCACUGGCCAAAACCAAGUUGCUGACUUGCCAAAUCCUGUCUGCAGGUUCUAGAGGAGCCCCAUGCCCUCAGCUGCUCAGCUCUAGAGGUGCAGUUCUUGAAUUCCUUGGUACUGAUCCUUUCCUUUCUCAAGAGCCAGCAACCUCUUUGGAUCCCUCUCUUUCACUGUCUUUACACACUCCCUCUAUUAGGACUCUUGUCAUUAUGUGAAACCCCUUUGGAUGAUUUCUCCACAUUAAGAUUCCUUACCAACAUUG